AUGUUUGCGAGUAUUCUCCACUCUACCCGCAGGAGGAAAAGGCCACUGUACAUGACCUACUACGACUUGAAGAACGCCUUUGGAUCUAUUCCUCACAAGCACAUACACACUGUCCUGCAGGUUCAACGACUUCCGCAGCACGGUCGGGAGAUCAUCAUAGAUCUCUAUCAAGGAGCGAGCUUCUGCAUAUUGACGAAGGAGGGCUGCUCAGCCAGAAUAGAGAAUAAGAGGGGAGUCAAACAAGGUUGCCCUCUCAGCCCCAUUCUUUUCAAUCUUGCCAUUGAGCCGCUCCUGCAGCAGUUGGCCGCAUGCAACGAAGGCUUAGAACUACGCACGACAAAUGGGAAGCCUCCAGUCAAGGUUUCCCGCAUGGCGUACGCAGAUGACUUAAAGACUGUUGCCAACAGCCGUGCGGGCAUCAGCAGCCUUCACCAAGUGGUGAAGAAAUUCCUUGAUUGGACAGGUUUAGAGGCCAACCCGUCCAAAUGGGCAACACUGGGUUGGAAAUUGAACGGGACUCGGCAGCAACUAGAUCCUGUUCAACUCAAGCUGCAUAACGAGGUCUUGCCAGUGGUGAAGCUAGGGGAGGCGUAUAAAUACCUAGGACUAAAGGACGCAUUGGAGACUCCAGUGCACCAAGGGCAAGUCCUUCUGGUCAUGAGCAAAGCCAAGAAGGACAUCCUCAAGUUCCUCAGGUCAGCGUUACUCCCCUGGCAAAAGUUGGAUGCGGUGGGCACCUUUGUGAUAUCCAGGCUUGAUUAUCAUCUCAGGCACUGUUACCCCUACAAGCAGCACCUGCACCUAUUUGAUCGUCAUAUACGCUCCGCCAUAAAGGCGACGUUCAAGCUUUCAAAGAGCACGACGACAGAGAUGCUUCACCAGCCCACCUAUAGUGGAGGACUGGGGUGCACCUCUCUGAAGACGAUCGCAACAGCAACGCAGAUAGGGCAUGCUAUCCAGAUGCUCAACAGCAACGACAGCAUGAUUCGGGCAGUUGCAGAAGGCCAAGUGCUAGAAGUCAUCAAAAAGGCUUUCGUUUGCACACCUGACAGUGAAGAUAGCGACCGAGCCGCAAUACUUGCUCACCUCAACGGCAACGAUCUUCGUUGCCUGAAGAGGAGAAACAAGAAGGUGGAUAUUAGAAGCCUCUGGUCUGAGCUCCCAGGACGUCUAUCGGCUAGCAAAACGCAAAUCGAGACUGGGAGUAACGGCAGCGAUAAAGACAGCAGAUGGUUCUGGUCUAGACCAGCAACACCUCAUUAA